AUUUCACAAAGUAUUUCAGGUUUAGCGUUGUGGACGGGCGAGAAAGUGUUUGUUUUUAGAAAGAACUCAUGUUAGGAGAAAACCAAUCUACUUUUAAUGUAUUGAGAUUUAGGCAAUAAGUAUUACAGUAAUGGCCAAAAAGAAAAUUAAGACUCCUCUUUAUCGCUACCGGACGGAAGUUUUGAAUUAUUUUUCAUUACAAAAUACAGAAAUUGAUGCAAAUUUGUCAUCGGGCAAUGUCAACGAUCCGGCUAGGCCUAGUAAUAGUAAUAUAAGUAUUAGGGGAACUGAUUAUUUAGGGAAAAUUCCAAAUUCAUCUCCUCGGUUUAUUUCUAAAGAUGAUGCUGAGUAUGAUUUUUUAAAACAAACAAGUUUUAUGAGUAGUAAUACUGGCAGAAAGCGAGGGCAAGGUAUUAAAGAAGCAAAUUCCUUUAAUUUUAAAACUCGUGUGUUAUCACGGAAGGAAGAUCGAAAACAGAAAAGACUUGACCAGAAGUCAAAAAGACGGUCAUAUUUUAUGAAUAGAAACAAGAGUAUGGCUCCAGAUAAAAACUCGCAGGAUGAUGUGGAAGAACCUGGAACAAAUAACUCAAGCCAAAGGGAGGAUGUCAGUAUUUCCAAGGAAUCAAAUGUUGAACAGAAUUUAUCUACAAAGAACACAAGUAUUAAAACAAGGAAAAGAAAGAAAACUUACAAAACUGUAGAAGAAGUGCGAAAACUGCAAUUGUUAGAAGCUAAUAAGGAAGAAGAUAGGUUGAUUAAACAACUGGAAAAAAAAAUUCAUUUAAAUCGUAGGAAAAGUAAAAAACUGCCCAAAUCUUUUGUUGAUGAAGGCUUGGACUAUAUAUUAGAAGUCAUUGAUAAUCCUGAAGAUGCAUCAUUUACCAAAGAACUUAGUGACAUGGACUCUGAGCUUGAGGAUGACUUAGCUCUAGCUCUUGGAAAAAAAACAACUGGUAGCAUGAAAGAAAGUACUGAAGAGUUUUCAAAACAGUCAAAGAAAGCCAAAAGUUUAAAAGAUACAAAUAUUAGGCAUGAAGAUGAUUUUGUAAGUAAUUUUCAUAGUGAACCUAACAUUAGCGAUAAUGACAAUGAUCAGAAUAUUUCUGCUGGUCAAGAUAACACUGACUAUUUUCAUGUACAAUAUGAGAAACAUUCACUUUAUGAAAAUUGUAAUGAUCUCAGUGAAAAGAAAGCCCCAAAAAAGAAAAAGUGUGUUAAUUGGGCAGAUAAUUUAGGUCUUACAGAAGAAGAAAAGCUUGUACGGAACAAAUGUACGGAAUUGUACGGAACAAAAGAGUAUGAAGUAGAAAAUGAAAAGGUUUCAAUAUUAGCUGAAAAAAAAGAAAUAAUACUGAGACAAGAAAAUUGUCAUGAUUCAGUGAGUGAGAAUGAAGAAAAUUACACCACAGAUACAACUAAAGCAACUGGAAAAGGAAAGAAGAGGCAUAAUGAGAGCUCUCCUGAGCCAUUAAUAAAGAAAGUAAAAAAAAUUAAUUCAGAUGAAGAACUGAAUAGCAGUGAAGAUCACAAUAAUGAAAAUUCUUCAGUUGAUAAAAGUGAAAAGAAUGAUUAUUGGGAAGACAUUUAUGGUCGACUAAGAGACAAACAAGGAAAUGUUAUAAAACUCGGUAAAUUUCAGACAGAUACAAAGUAUGUUCCUCCUGCCAAGAGACUUCCAGCUAAAACGGAAGAUGAAAAGAAGAAAAAAGAACUAGAAAGACUAAGAAAACAGGUGAAAGGACUUUUAAACAGGCUGAGUGAGUCUAACCUUAAACCUAUCUCUAGUGCCGUUGAAGACUUGUAUAUGUCUCACAGUAGAAAUGAUAUGAAUGAAACACUGACAGCUUUGAUAUCUGAAGCAAUCAUACAACCUUUUCUAACUCCAGAAAGGCUAGUGAUGGAACAUGCAAUGUUAGUAGUACUUCUUCAUGCUAAUGUUGGAACAGAAGUAGGUGCACAUUUCCUUCAGUCACUUGCCACCAAAUUUAAUGUGUUACUGAACAGUGGACCAGAUCAUGGACAAGGAAAAGAGUGUGACAACCUUCUGGCAUUAAUAGCCCAUUUAUACAAUUUCAAGGUCACCCAUUCUGUUUUGAUUUAUGAUAUACUGCGUUGUUUGGCCAAUCAUUUUAAAGAAAAGGACAUUGAACUCAUCCUUUUGAUUUUAAAAAGUGUGGGGUUCAGUCUACGAAAGGAUGAUCCACUAACUCUGAAGGAUGUAAUAUUAGACCUUCAGUCAAAGUCAGCAGAUUUAAAUGAAGACAGUUCAAUCCAGGCUCGUGUACGGUUCAUGUUGGAUACCCUUAUGGCAAUACGUAAUAAUAAUAUGCACAAAAUACCUAACUAUGACCCAAGUCUUGUGGAGCACUUACGGAAAGUGUUGCGGGGAUUUGUUCGUAAAGGUUGCACUGUGCAAGAACUUAAGAUUUCACUUGAAGAUUUGCUGAAUGCUGAAGAAAAAGGGCGCUGGUGGAUUGUUGGAUCUGCUUGGUCUGGUGAAAUCACAGAAAAGAACUCUGGAACAACAAAUGUAGAAAGUGGACCAAUAGUGUUAGAUGAAGUUAGCGAUCACAUCCUAGAACUAGCACGGAAACAACGAAUGAAUACAGAUGUGAGGAAAAAGAUCUUCUGUAUCCUCAUAACAGCAGAAGACUUUUUAGAUGCCUUUGAGAAGCUCUUACACUUGGGAUUAAACAAAGAGCAAGAGAGAGAAAUUAUCCUUGUUACUAUGGACUGCUGUCUUCAGGAGAGUCAUUUCAACCCUUAUUAUGGUCACUUGAUACAGAGAUUCUGUGGAGCUGACCGCAGGUUUCAGAUGGCGCUUCAGUUUGCUCUAUGGGAUAAGUUCAAAGAGCUUGGGAAUUUAAAAAAACACCAACUGACAAAUUUAGCUCAACUUUUAGUUCAUCAGCUGACCCAUAAUGCUCUGCCUUUGUCAGUGCUAAAAGUCAUUCAUUUUGCAGAAAUGGACAAAACUUUGGUUCGUUUCUUGCGACAGAUUCUCCUUGCCAUUCUUCUCCACGACUCUGAGGAAACUUGUCAAAGUGUAUUCUUACGUAUUGCUCCUGCCCCUAAGUUGAAGGUUUUACGGGAAGGGCUUAGACUCUUUAUGCAUCAUUUUCUAUUACGAAAGAAAGACAGGCUUACAAAGGAUAUCAUUCCUAAGCUUCAGAUGAGGGUUCAGUUAGCAGAGGAAGCACUUAAUUCAGCAGAGAAAAAAAUGAGGCUUUGACAUUUUUGUUCUGUACCCAAACAGCACAAUGACAUCCAUUGUUGGCCAGACAACAGCAAAAAUAUUGGGCCAGCAUUGGAUACCAAAAUAGGUCUGGCAUCGAACUGCACAGUGGGCCAAUAUCAGCCCGAUUUCUUUGGUCCUAUAUCAGCAGCCGAUUCUAUGCUGAUUUUCGUUUAAUAUAGAUUCUACAUAUUAGUUAUAGAAUAUAAACGUAUUUUCACUUUAUGCUAUUGAAAUAUCUUGUAUAUGAUGGAUUUAUCGUUUCAAAUAUAUUUUGUUUUUAAUUUGUGUGUAUGAUUAAUGAAUUUCAUUACAACCUGUAGUUUUCAGUUAUAUAUAUAUUUGUAAAGAAUAUUAUUGAUAGUGACAGGUACAUUGAAUGCUAUAAUACUUUUUCCCCUUUUAAAACUUCAAACAAGUUUUAGUUUUUGGACCAAAUAAAAGAAACUUAGCAAUGCAUUUCUUUAAUAGGAACAUGCUGCUUUGUUUUAACUCAGAUUUAAUUUACACCAACAACAAUUCUUAACAUUAGAAAUGUUAGUAUAAUAGAUGAAUGCGUAACUAGUUUGUAUUUAAAUCUUAAAAAUCAAAAGCUUAAAAAGACCAUUAACACAAAACGAAUGUUUAUUAUUUCAGUAGUAAAACACAGUUUACAUUCAAAUACAGUAAGGAUUUUUUUUUUUUUUUACAUUUAUUAUUGUGAAUAUCACGUACAUUAAUAGAUACAAGUUAUUUAAAAGAAAAUGUGUGUGUAUAUAUAUAUUAAUUGUCAGUCUUUGCCUAUUUACAAAUAUAUCUCUCCUUCCUGCCUCCAUCACAGUCACCUGCUAACUGGAACCACCUUUUGUUGAAUGAUUCUAUCUCAUCAUCUGCAGCAUUUGAUGAAAAUGAGUUCUUUCUAACAGGAUUUGUUUGAAGAGUAAGGGUCUUUAGUUAAAAUUCAGAAUUAUUAUAUAUAUAUGUAAUAAAUUUAUUACCAUGCUGGAAUAGAUGUAUAUAUAUAUAUGUAUAAAUUAAAAAAGGGUAAACGAUAAACAAAUGUCCAGUUGAGCAUGUUCAUAUACUGAUGCACUAAUACCAGUUACUGAACUUAAAUAAAAGAACAAAUGAAAUAAAGAAACUUACAGUUAACAACAAUUUGCAGCUUUAGAUUCUUGAAUGCAUGUUUGCCAUGUGCACCACUCCAGUUCAUUUGACUUGCCAAUGGAUUGGCAAUGAUGCAAUUCAUUAUGUGAGAAGCAGUUUCUUUAGUGUUAAUGCCCCCUGUUGUUUCCAAGUGAGCUACCUGU